UAGAUGCCAACAGAAACGUCAAAGUGUUGAGGUUGAGGUUAUAUAUAUAAUGUCACAAAUUUAAUUUUUGAAUAAAUAUUUUGUUUGAUACAAAAAACAUAUAUGAUAACAUUAGUUGACAACAACAUAUGUGUGAUACGGUGUUGAAUACAUGCCGGUAUAACCCAGUAGUCAUUAAAUAAUUAUGAAGCAAAAUGCAAUUUGCAAGAGUAGUUGCACAAAUUUUAUUUAUCCAAUGUUUUAUUACAACAUGUCUAGGAUUUGGGUUUUUAGCACCUGUAGGUGUAGCACUUGGUGGUAUAGCAGCUAGUGCAAUUUGCCGCUUUAAAGAGUGUUGUUCAGAACAUGCAAUACAUGCCGAUUUCGAUGGGCUGGAAGUUGCUCUCAAAAAGCACAUUUAUGGCCAACAUUUGGUCCUAGAUAUCGUAACAAACGCCUUACGGUCUCAUUGGGAUGACACCCACGAACCUCAGAAAGCUUUAACUUUAAGUUUUCAUGGAUGGCCAGGAAGUGGCAAGAAUUAUGUUACUAAGUUUAUUAUAGAAAAUAUGUACAAGUAUGGCAGCAAAAGUAAAUUUGUGCAUCAUUUUAUUGGAAGAAUGCACUUCCCAAAUAGUGAUAAAGUCUCAGAAUAUCAGGAAAAUCUACAUCAAUGGAUUAAAGGCAAUACAACCAACUGUGGUAAACAAUUGUUUAUUUUUGAUGAAAUUGAUAAAAUGCCUCCCAAAAUUCUAAAUAUCAUUAAACCAAUGAUUGAUUAUCGUGAUGAUGUAGAUGGGGUUGAUUAUAGAGGCUGCAUAUUUAUUUUUUUGUCAAAUACGGGUGCUGAUUUAAUAAAUGAGCAUUUUCUCGAAAUAUGGAAAGAAGAUGGUGUAAUGCGUGAAGACCUUAAACUGGAAGAUUUUGAGCCGUUAAUAACAAAAGGAGCAUUUAAUGAAGAAGGUGGUUUUCAUCAUUCUGACACAAUUAAGAGUAAUUUGAUAGACCAUUAUGUCCCCUUCCUACCAAUGGAAAGACGUCAUGUGAGACUCUGCAUUUUGGAUGAGUUUAAACAAAGAAAUGUUACAAAUCCUAGAGAGGAGUAUGUCAAUGAAGCUAUGGCGUUUAUUGAAUGGGGACCAUCAAGAGAGAAACUUUUUUCCACUACAGGAUGUAAACGUAUAAGUCAAAAAGUAGGCACCAUUGUCACUAAAUAUAAAUUAAAUAAAUAGUCACGUUUUUCCAAAUAAGUACUAGUAAGAGUGGAUGUUUAAUGUGAUAUCUUAGGAUUUAUUAAUAUUUUUUCAUGACGGUUUUUUACAAUCUUUCACUUUCCAACUUUAUAUAUAUUAAAAACUUAUAUGAAUUUUAAAUUCAUAUGAUAAAUAAUUUGAAAUGUAAAACAUGUAAAUUUUAUGCUACAGAAAUACAAAAACUACUAAA